AUGGCCAGAGAUGUCCAAGAGAACAACAUUUAUCAACGAAAGUCUAAGGUACCAAGAUAUUUUUAACCAAAAGUUGGUGACGAAAUUAGCGAGGUUUUACAAUGGUCUGUAGUCUAAGAUUUACCGUACACCAGUGGCUCUGUUGGCUCUACAACAUAUCAUCAAAUCACUGCUAAAAUUAUUCAACAUGCCUUGAGGUUCGUGAUCAGGCUGUUAUAUGUUAUGAAUUUCAUUUUUUGACCUUUCCUUCAGUCUCGUCAACCAACUCUUUACGUAUAUUUGAUUUAGGGACGUAUUCCCGUAAAAUGAAUAAAGGGGUAAGUUUCUAUAGAAACUGUGGUGCUGCUUCGGUGGGAGAGUAUAGCAGGUAAUUUAGUGUUAACAACUGGGUUGAAAACGUAAAUUAACCACGGUAAAGGGUAAAAAAGCUGAGAGAACGAUAGAUAUACAGAGCGAUAGAUAUACAGAUAUAGAUAUACAGAUAUAGAUAUACAGAGCGAUAGAUAUACAGUUGUUAACACUAAAUUACCUCCCUGUAAAAUGGACAGCUUUUGAGGCGUUGCUGCACGGAAAAUAUUCUACAAAAAGUGACGCGUCAGUACAUGGACCACAUAAACAAAAUUUUACCAGCUUAAUGGAAAUAGCUCAGAAUGACCCUUUCAGCUCUAGGAAAAGUUAUUGGACUUCUUACGAUUUUUGGUCGUUACAUUAUGUUGAUGUGGGAUCAUCUCAUUAGGAAGAAGUGACAGUACAUGCUCCGGUUUUGAGUUAUAAAUACCGUCUAGGAUCAGCUAAGAGGACGAAUAUUGGUAUGCUUUCCAAUACGUUCUGCCGAAGGUAUUAAAAUUCUUUUUUUUACAGACAAGAGCGCCGAUUUCCCUAAAUUCAUCCCUUUUGUCUUAUAGGUUGAGCUAUGCAGUUCUUCUCUUUUUCACGAUUGGUAAGUUACAAGGCUGAUGGACUGGCCAUUUAUUUUAGCCUCGGUAUCCAUGUUGACAGGUAGUCAUGAAGUAAGCAGGGUGUACCAGUCUCUGAAGAAUUCACUUUUGCUCUUGUGAAUCAUAACUGCGACAAGCUAGUUUGGAUUACCACAGUCACUGGACUUAACAUUUGUUGUUGUUAGAGUGUGUUGAGAGUAGCUGCUCUAUUUCAGGUGGUUCACCGUAUCCAAGGAUGGAUAGACGACAAGUUUUAACGUUGCUAGAAGCGGGAUACAGAAUGCCUAAACCACAACAUGUGGGUGACAAGUUGUAUGAAUAUAUC